CAGGAAUGGGCGUGUCUUAGCGGCGUGGCACCGUCUGUGGGCGGGGCCUUGGGGUCGUACAGGAAAAGAUAAAGAAAGCGAGGACAUCUGAAACGAAAAACGAUGGCUGCAAUUCGUAAGAAGCUUGUAAUUGUUGGGGAUGGAGCAUGUGGAAAGACAUGUUUACUCAUCGUUUUCAGUAAAGAUCAGUUUCCAGAAGUCUACGUACCUACUGUGUUCGAAAAUUAUGUUGCUGAUAUUGAGGUGGAUAGCAAACAGGUGGAACUGGCACUAUGGGACACAGCUGGACAAGAAGACUAUGACAGGCUGAGACCCCUCUCCUACCCAGACACUGAUGUCAUCCUCAUGUGUUUCUCCAUAGACAGCCCCGACAGUUUGGAGAAUAUCCCAGAAAAAUGGACACCAGAGGUGAAACAUUUCUGUCCAAAUGUUCCAAUAAUUCUGGUUGGUAAUAAAAAAGAUUUACGGAAUGAUGAUCAUACUCGACGGGAACUACUUAAGAUGAAACAGGAACCAGUUAAAGCAGAGGAAGGUCGAGACAUGGCCAAUCGCAUCAAUGCAUUCGGCUAUCUUGAGUGUUCAGCUAAAACUAAGGAUGGCGUGAGGGAAGUUUUUGAAAUGGCCACAAGAGCGGCGCUCCAAGCCAAGAAACGUGGCAAGAAGAAUGCCUGUGCUUUGCUAUAAAGAACGCAAGAAAAGAAAAUGAAAAGAGGGAGGGAAAGGGGUAACCAAACUAGGCCAAUGGAAAAUGACAGAGCUAUAAAGGGUGCAAACAGAGGGAUGAAAUGCCCCUAGUGUUAAUUAUGUGCGUGGGGGUCAGGGAGGGUCAUUUUUUAAGCCAGGCCAAAGGAAACUACAUUUGAGUAGUGACCGGUCCUGGUAAAAAGGGACUUCAACAUUAUUAAGGCCAAUAUGUUUGACAUCAGUCCUUUUUCAAAUCUAGGUUUUUUAGCUUUCAGACUGAUCACAAGCUAUUUGUAGGGUGAGAUUGACGUGGUUUGGGGGUAAGAUUAUUACUGAUGUAUUGUUGGGCCCACACCACAUCUUCAGGAUAGAAGAUCAGCAUUGUUAACAGGAACUGAAACAUAGGACUUGGUCUAAAAAGAUUCCUUUUUUGGCACAAAGUGCAUUAUUCAGGGUGUACAAGGCAUUAGUUAGUAACCUACGUCGUGUAUACUACAUGUCAAGCAGGGAGUUGUUUUUGGAUCAGAACAUUGGCCACAUAACGAAAAACUCCCACGAUGCCCUUUAUAAACCUCCCAGGGAACCAGCGUCGUCUUAUAUAAAUCAUUCAUGCCAGUCUUUCAUACUACAAUUUUCUUUUUCCCACAUUAACAUGCUAAUUCUGUCUGUUAAUACGACUGGUUCUUCUAUGACCUCCUGUCCCACGGCAAAAUUGACGGUUUUAGUCACUGGUUUAAAAUAGCUGAAUGUAGUGGUAGUCUUACAAAUCCUUUUUCCACUAGGAGUAAAAAUAUAACGCUCACUUUUGUUGCUGUUUGCCUAUAAAAGUAAAAUGCAUUUAGCGAUGACGAUAUUAAUUCACCCUUUUGUGAGUAUUUUAUGUGCUUGCUCAUGUAUUGUAAUUAAAAACAAAGUUUUGGGUUAAUGAGCACUGGUGGAGCUCAAAGCUCAACUACAGAUAUGACUGCACCUCUGUAUGUUGACUGUCAGACACUGUUCGGUGUUUGGAAAUAUAUACUUUUUCUAAUAAGUGAUAUCUGCAGAAACAUCAAAUUUAUCCCUCUUUCCUGCACGGCAGGCUUUUUAUUUGAUGUGCAGCAGUAAGUGUAAUUGCUCAUUUCCUACUGUAAAAAUGAAAAACUCCAUCCACUUUCACAGUUUUUCUACUUUAAUAUUCCCUUUAUUUCCUCUACUGUACUGUAUGUUAUUUUUUUGUGAAAUUCUACUGGCUUAUACUAUAUCAUUUUUGCAUAUUUUUAAAGUUCUAGUAUCUUAGAAUUUAAACAUUUUAAAAGAAAUAAAGAAGGAAAAGUAGUGCAAAAUGCGAUUUUGAGAGAGCCAUUUAAUGCCAUUUUAAUGAAUGCAAGUAAUUUCAUAGAAGAGAUUCUGCAUUUCAUUGUAAGAAAAAACAAGAGUCUUCGAUGCAUCAAUUAUCUUUUGUAUACCAGUGCAUCCUACAGAUUUCCACAGACUCAUUUGAAAUGUAUUGAAAAAAUAAAUUCUUAUAGAGUAAA